AUGACCUCCCUCCGACUCAAUCUAUCGAACCUCCGCUUAACCCACCGACUCGCCAAACCUCUACCCUCCUGCGUCCUGCGCGCCUCCAUCACACCAUCCAUCGCCCUCCGACCUCUAUCCACCCAUCCCUUGAGGCGACCACUCCUCGCAAAUCUCCAUACUCUCGAGAAACUUCCCCCAUUAACAAGACGCUUCUCCACCGGAAGAUCCCAAGCAGACCUCCUCGUCGAAGAACUCCAAGACCUCUACGAAACCGCCAAAGACGAAUUCGAAAUCGCCACAGACAGCACCGCCAGCUCCACCAUCUACGCCGCCUCGGACCGCGAGUCCGCCCGCGACGCCCUCAACCAGCUGCUUGCCGUGUACAGCCUCUACACGACCGACAUCGCCACGACGGCCGAGUCGCAUGCGCCGCAGCAGAUGCAGCAGGGUGACGGCAAUGCCGAUGAGCGGGGGCAGGUGGUGAAUACCAAUUUCGAUCCGUCGGAUAUCCCGGCGCGGGUGCGCGACGAGGUGCGGAGGCGGGUUGGGCAGCGGGUGAGGGAGUUGAGUAAUGCUGUGGACGUUUUGGAGGAGAGGGCUCAUGCUGAAUGA